UGUGAUUAUGAGACUUAUAGAGUGAGCUCAGUCCCAUGGCCCAAUUCUAGCACCUGUAUUUUGAGCUUUUGACACGUGCUUUGUCUGUCUUUCGCCGAGUGAUCAUGAAGUUGAAAAGUUAACUAUGAAGAGGGUGAUUUUCCUUAAUUCACUUAUUAUUCUCUUUUCUGCGCUUUUAACAUAUGCAUUGUCUGUCUUCUAUUGUGUGGGUUUGAGGCUGAAAAGUGAGGUGCGAGGAUGGGAUGUUAUCAUGGUUAUUUGCACUUGUCUUAUGUUUUGGGCUUUUCAUGCGUGUAUUGUUCAUCUUUUGUUUGGUGAUUAUGGGUUUCGGGAGUGAGGUGGAGGAGAGGGAUAUUCCAAAUAGUCUACUCAUUUUACGUUCUUAUCUUAUGUUCUGCAAUGUUCCAUUUUCAUUGGUGUUUC